AUGCCUCGAAAAUAUAUAAAAAAGGAAAAAUUGACGAGAAGCCAGCUGCCCCCGAUUGUUGAUCCGGAUUGGGAUAAGUUUACGAAGCACUCGUUCCUGGUUCGCCGCUCCGACAUCUCCAGUGGCUCACAAUGUAUUUGGAGUGUUGAAAAUCACGUGCUCAUCGUCAAAUGGGUUCCCACAUCAGUCAUCGGACAGUUUCAGAUUACUAAUCGGUAUGCCCUGUGGAACUCGACUGAAACUCAGCGAUACACUCAUUUGGAAGUGUCGGAUGCGGAGGUGAAGGAUUCUAGAGAAUCUGGAAGAAUUUAUUUGGAUCCGUAUUUUAUUGGACGGGUUUUUCAAUCUAAAUAA